GUCUUGUCUUAUUCCUGGAUAUAAAUUUUUGGGUUUUCAUUCCCCCAAGUGCGUUCGCUGUCGUAGAACCACAAAAAAAAACCGCAGGGGAGUUCGCAGUACGUCCUUUCAAGGGAGAAAGGUUUUCAGUUUUUUUUUCCUGCGGCGCCGACGCAGCACGCCUCGGCAGCCGAUAGUCGACGGUCGCACAGCACCUUCGUCACGCAUCACAUUAUUUCCGCAGUGUUGCUUUGCGUGGUGACUUUCCUCAUUUGAAAUUCUUGAUUUUCUUUUCGUUUCCAUUUUCCUUGGUGUUUGUGCGUCUUCCUCACCGAGUAGUGUGUAGGUCUCUGUAGCGUAUCUAUCGGGAGCCGAACACCAGCACGGGACCGCCGUAUCUCAUUAAGAAGCAGUUGCGGAGCGGUACUGCGAAGAGACUGCUUGAUUUAUGAAUAUCCUUCUCUCAUCACCAUCAUCUCGAAAUAGUCGAAGUGUUCCUCCCGCCGCGCCGUAUAUCUUUCUCCGCGUGUCGGCAGCGCGUUAAAAGCGUGUCGUCUGCUAUACGUUACUUUCGUUUUCUACCUUUUCUCCCUUGUGUUUUCGGUCACUGCCGACGUGUUUGCUUUUUUAUUUUGGCUUCCUUUAGAAGCAUGGAUUCCAGUUGAGGAGACAAUUUGUAUCCUCACCUCUCUGUUCCCUUCCCCUCAUAUUUAUUUUUUCAAUCUAUUCCCUUCUUACUUUCUCCGCUUUGAACGCCAAACUGUAUUGUUCUCUCUUUACCCGUUCCGAGGUUUACCGAAGCAAACUUUUUUUUAACUAUUAUUAUUUUCUCUUGUUUGAAACGCUGCAACAUUGCUCGAUUCAUUCAAGGUAAUUCGUUUUCGGGGCUGUGAGGUUGGCCCUCCUCCUUCCCUCCUAAGGAAAAAAACCUAUGAUGUGUUGGUUUGUGUUUGUGUAACGGAGAAAAGGAAUUACAGUGUGGCGCAAAGAAAGAUGGGCAAAUCCAGAGCCGGUAAAGGUUCCUUCUACGCCAACAUGGUUGUCCUAUCAGCUGUGUUGGUGUCCGAGUCGCUAUCUGCGACGUUGAUGAUGCCGUUUGUGGGUCUAUUUGUGUCCCGGCUGCAGCACAUCCCGCCGAGCGAGGCGGGCUACAUGUCAGGCUUGCUGAUCUCCGUCUUCCAACUGGGACAGGUGCUCACCGGCAAGAUGUGGGGCACCGCCAGCGACCGCGUGGGCCGCAAACCGAUGAUCCAGGUGGGUCUGCUGGCGAACGCCGUCGUGUCCAUCUUCUUUGGCAUGAGCCCGACAUUGACGUUCUGCGUGAUCACACGCUUCAUUCACGGCUGCGCCAACGGAAACGUACUCGUCGCCAAGACAGUGAUUGCGGACAUCACCGACAAGGAGACGGAGGGGAUGGGUUUCGCAGCCAUUAGCAUUUUCUGGGGGGUCGGUUCCAUUCUUGGGCCGGCCAUUGGCGGCUACUUGUACGACCCUGUGCAUCACGCCGUGCUGGGGCCGUGGCUCUUCCCCGGCGUGGACGAGAAUAACGAAAGCUUGUUUUUCGACCACCCAGCCUUGCUUCCGUGUCUCGUGAUCAGCGUCUUUUCCGUGAUGACACUCUUCGUCAUCUCGUGGCUGUUACCGGAGACAAGCCGCCAUCCAGUAGACCCCUUCCUGUCGCUCUUCACCCCUUCCUCGUCGCUGUCGGUUCGAGGGACAUCAAAGGUCAAGCUACCAGGCAAUGCGAUGGAGAGCUGCAGAACUGUUACCGCGGCUUCCGAUGAGAUAAUUGCCGUCGCGGAGGAAAACGGAGACAGCGACGGUGGAAGCGAUGACGACGACGACUCGGCGUACGACGACGGCGACGAUGCGUUGGGCCGGGGUGAUGGCUGGAGGUCGCGGUCGGGCCCCAGUGACGGCGGCCGCCAGUUCACGAAACGCCUCUUCUCGACCACCAAUGCCUUGCCGUCGUCCGAGAGUCUCAACAACGUGAUCGCCUCCGCGAUGCUGGCAAAGGAGUACGACCGUCGUGCAGCGGUGUCUGGAAUGGGUGCGAAGAAGGAAGCCUGGACCCACGUCGUGGCGGGACGGUGCACGCCGCAGUUUGCCACGCGAUCGCCCACCGCGAGCUUCACUUCAGCGUCGCAUCGGCGCAUAAACGAAGAAGGACAGCUACCGCGACAGCAGUUCUAUCAGCAGCAGCAGCAGCAGCAACAGGACACGCCGUCGCAGAUUGGCGACAGACGAGCGGCGGUGGUGUUACGCAACGCAGCGAACGUGGAGGACAGCCCCGCCGCCAAGAGCGUUGACCACUCGAAGUUAUCGGUGCGAAGUCCGCCGCAGCUACUACACAACAAAGACAUCGACUCCGGCGAUGAGCCGACGUGUCGGCGGUCGGUCCCGAUCACGUUCGGCUACCGCGAAGCGUUCCUCAUGCCCAGCUCCCGCAACGUGAUGGUGAUGUACAUGUGUAUUGCAUCUACGGAAAGCGCUCUGCUGGAAGUUAUUCCUCUGUGGGCGAUUUCGGAGCGUGAGAAGGGCGGCUUGGGCUUUGCGUCGGAGGACAUCGGCACCCUCCUGUGUAUCUCCUCCCUCGUCUACGUGGCCGUCAAUGUGGUGUUUAGCCGAAUCCUGAAAGGUAUGGGCGGCGCUACUCGUCCGCUGUGGGACCUCUCUGUGAUGCUGUGGUGCGUCACGUCGAUCCUCACUCCGUGCUGCGCGUACUUCACCGACGAGAAAACGAUCUUCUACAGUGCGUCCGUGAUCACCUCGGUGCGCGAGAUUGGUUUGUCGUGGAGCUAUAGCCUCCUGUACAUGUACGUGGUCCGCUGUGCACCGGACGACUGUGCCGGGUCCAUCAACGGCAUCGCCCAGUCAAUUGGAUCGUUCUCACGCAUGCUCACGAUGCUGUUUAUCCCACCCAUUUUCGCGUGGUCAUUGAACGGCGCAACGCAUCCCUUUCCCUUCAAUUUCCACUUCGUAUUUUGGGUCACCUGCGCGCCCCUGCUGAUCAGCUUCGUCGCGUCGUCUCUCCUGCCGGUCCGUGUGACGGGGUGA